AAUAUAAAUAUAAAUAGUGUAGGAAAUAGGAAUUAGGAAACAAGGAAAAGGAAUCAAAAAAAAAUUACUCAAAAGCUAAAGAUUAUUUAAAUCACUACAUUUAUCUAUACUACUAUUCUAUAACUAAAAAAAUGAAUAUACUAUUAGAUAUUCUCUAACGAGACAAACCAAAACUUUUUAUCAAAAAUCACAAAGCUAUGACAAAAAAUAUAACAUCAACAAUAUUUCAACCAAGAGAAAUCGCCCACAAUUCUUAUUGAUUUUCGUGUACGUUUAUUUCAGUGACUUUUUUAAAUAAAGAAAAUAACAAUAUGUGGAAACAGAAACAUAAUACAUGAAAAUUUAUUAUUAUCUCUUCAACAAAAUGAAUGGAAAAACUUUGUUAGAAUUACCAUUUGAUAUCUUAGUUAACAUAUUCAGUAUUUUAUGUACUCGUGAUCUUCGUAAUCUAAUGCUCACGUGUAAAACCCUUAAAAACGUAAUAAUAAAUAAUAAUCAUAUAUGGAGAAAAAUAGGUCAGAAUAAAUUGAUUAUUCGAAAUUCUAUAAACAGUUAUGAAAGUCAGUCUUGGUAUAAGAGAUGUCUAAUUUCACAUAAUUGGCACAAAGGCAUAUAUAAAAACCAGAUAGUUCUCCAUCAUGACACACUUUACAUGCCUUGGCUUAAAUUUCAUAAUUCUGAAAUUCUAUUACUGGCUCUUGGAUCGGAUCUUUUCUGUUUCCCUACAGACCGACGAGGAUUACCAAACUGUAGAAAAACUCUUUGGGCUCUAGAUGUCCCAACAAUCAAAAGAUAUGAUGUAAGGACUAAUGAUAUAUCAAGAUUUAUUACAAAUGAUAUUUUAUUACUCUGUGCUAACAGGUAUCUUCUAUAAUAUAUGUAUACUUUAAUAUAAAACUAUUGUUUUCAAUAAUUUUGUUUCUUCUUAUAAUCUCAUUUUUAGGGAUGGAUGCGUCAGUGUGUUUCAACUAAAUGGAACCAAAAAGAGACCAUCUUUACUUUGCCACAUUGAAGACUGUCAUAAAUAUGGUGAGGUAGAAGUAACAGCUGUUGAGGCAAUCAAAAGCAAAACAAAUGUUUGUGUGGUAACAGGUUCCCAAAACUGUGCAGAACUAUGUAUGUGGUCUUGGAAUUUUAUGGAAAAUAAUGAUGAAUUUAUAUGUUCAGAAAUACAAAACAUGAAUUGCAGUAAGUUGUUAUUAUAUUGUUAGCUUGGGACAGUCUACUGGUAGACACAAGCCUCUUUCUUUAUAGUAAAAAUUUGCUAUAACCAUCAAACUUGGUAGGUAAAUUAGUGAUUUACCUACCAAGUUAUUAUAUGUACAUUUAACCCUGCUCUUUGUCACUGGCCCGGAUUGGCCACAUGUUACAAGAAGCAUCAGAGAAAUGGUCAAAAAUUGUAACAGAAUAGACUCCAAGAUACAAAAUUAAGAGAUGCAGAGAAAGCCAAUUCAAACAAAAAUUAGAUGGCAGAACAGGCUGACAAAGAAGAUACACUGGGAUCAUGUGCCAGUUAACUUUCUUUUUUGUUUAUUCAUUGUAAUUUUAAGUCAGUGAAACAUUCUAUUUUUCUAUGUCACUGGUCUGGACAUAAAAUGUUAUACCACAAAUUAUCAGAAGCCAGGUCUUUCUCAGCUUUUUAUUUGUCACCUUUUGAGAUUGAUGGUGUAAGAAAAUUAAAUAUCAUUAUCAGCUAUUAUUCAAUAUUUGGACUUCAUCAUUAUCAAUAGCCAUUAUUAACAGCCAGCUCAUGCGGUACCUUGAGGAUCACCAGCUGAUUAGUGACCGCCAGUACGGUUUCCGUCGAGGUCGCGCAGCUGGUGAUCUUUUAGGUUACCUAACUCAUAGAUGGGCGGAGGCAGUGGAGUCCAAGGGGGAGGCGUUGGCCGUUAGUUUGGACAUAGCGAAGGCCUUCGAUCGGGUUUGGCACAAAGCGCUUCUUUCGAAGCUCCCUUCCUAUGGGCUUCCCGAGAAAUUGUGCAAUUGGAUCACCAGUUUUCUUGCAGAUCGGAGCAUCAAGGUCGUAGUAGACGGUGCAUGCUCCGAUUACAAGUCCAUUAACGCUGGUGUUCCACAAGGCUGCGUGCUAUCACCAACGCUGUUUCUUCUGCAUAUCAAUGAUAUGUUGCAAACCAGUAACAUUCAUUGCUAUGCGGACGACAGCACUGGUGAUGCUUUAUACACCGGCCGUGCCAAUAUUUCUCGGGAAAUCGUCGCCGAGUGCCGGAACAAACAUGUGUCUGAAGUCGAGACUUUGUUGAACAAAGUCUCAGACUGGGGUCGACUAAAUCUAGUCCAGUUCAAUCCCCAGAAGACACAAGUUUGCGCGUUUACCACAAAAAGAACCCCUUUGUUGUAUCUCCUCAGUUUCAAGGCACUUCCCUUGUUGCCUCAGCCAAUAUCGGGAUCCUUGGUGUCGACAUAUCGAGUGACGUGCAGUUUCGUGGUCACUUGGAAGAGAAGGCCAAAUUGGCCUCUAAAAAGCUUGGCGUGCUCAGCAGAGCGGGACAGUAUUUCAUGCCGGCACACCGCUUGCAACUUUACAAGGCGCAGGUUUGGCCUCACAUGGAAUACUGUUCCCAUCUCUGGGCAGGGGCUCCCCAGUGCCAGCUCCUUCCACUUGACCGCAUCCAGCGCAGAGCGGUUCGAAUCAUCGACGACCGAGUUCUUUCCGAUCGGCUUGACUCAUUGGCACUGCGUAGAGAUGUUGCAUCUCUGCAUAUUUUAUCGCUUCUAUCACGGGGAGUGCCGUGAGGAAUUGUUCGGACUAAUUCCAGCCGCCCAAUUUCACCAUCGCACAUCGCGACAAAACUCGCGAUACCAUCCAUACCAUCUGGAUGAUUGGCGGUCCACCACUGUGCGAUUUAGAAGUUUUCUUCCUCGCACAACUUCCUUGUGGAAUCGAUUACCACCAGCGAUUUUUCCGGACCAAUAUUUACGACUUAGGGACCUUCAAGAAAAGAGCCUACUCCUUUUUAAAAGGCCGGCAACGCAUCUGCGAUUUCCCUGGUGUUGCAGUUGUUCAUGGGCGGCGGAAUUUUAUGAUCCUUAAAUUAUGUUGUCCAAAAAUUUUUUUAGGUUUUGGUUAUUAUAUUUGGUUAUUAUGGUAUAGGUUUUGUAACCAUUGAAAAGAACUCUAUUAUCGCUAUAUAUAAAUAUCAUUUGCUGUCUGUUAGUCUCGCAAUAAUCCCAAAAAUGGCUAACCAAUUUUGGUGAUUUUUUUUACCUAUAUUUGAGUGGGUCUGGUUGGUUUAAAAACGCAAUUGGACCCAGUAGUUGGCGCUUUUGUCGAGAUCCAGGAAUCACCCGUGCAAAGCCAGAUCUCCAGUAAUUCUAUAAAUUUCAAUUAACUCUUAAUUUAACAAUACAACAUUGAUGUAGUGUCACUCCAGUCUAUAUGUGGCUUAAAUACUUCUGUGUACGAGUACUAGGAAUAUUACAAACAAUUAGUAUUUGCUGGAACCGUGAUAGAUCAAGAGAUAAGCACUGGUCUUUAAACUGCAUAGUAAAGAGCAAAUUAAGUUUGAUCGCUACUAAUACCAGUAAAAUUGUUAAUUUCAAAUACUAAUUAACUCCAUGCUCCCUGGUGAAAUAAAAUAUAAAAUGUGAGGAAACCUGCAUGGUAUUUAUUUGGAGAACAUUAGAAGCUCACUAAUAUGCAUUGAGGCAGCAUAACAGACUUCCCUGUUCCACAUAAACUGCUUAGAAAUAAAUGGAGUCCUGUGCCCAGCUAUUGAUAUAUAGACUGAUAGAUUAAUACUUUAAUUUUUCAGAAAAAAAGGUUAAACCACUUUCUGGAGAUGUAGGUGUGAGAUGCUUAGCCACAAGUCAAUCUAAUGAUAGAUUAGCAAUUGGCUUAACUGGAAACAAUAAACCUUUGGUACUGAAUUGUGAAAUUUUUGAACUUCAGGAGCCUGUAGAUUUAACUAAAAAUGGAAAGUUUGCUGUUAGAGACAUUCAAUGGCACAAUCAGAAUACCUUAGCCUAUGUAUCACAUUCAGGAUAUCUGCGGCUAUUAGAUAUUCGAACUAAUAACGUGGUUUAUGAAAGCAUGGAUCCAUUCCAGUCAUCAUUGUAUUGUGUAAAAUCGGAUGGAAACCAUGCACUUGUUGUUGGUACAUCGGAGUAUUCCCGUUGCGUACUGUUCGACGCACGCCGUCCUGCAAGACAUGUACAGAUGUAUUUUACGCAGAAGAAAUCGUCGCCAAUUUAUAGCUUGGACUUUAGUUCAUCAAAACUCAUAGCUGCGGCCGACAGGAGCAUAGCUUUCGUAGACUUCGACGUUAACCCUGCAGCCAUUAAAAAAAGGGACUACUCUCAAGUAUUUGAAUUAGUUAAAAGAUGAAUAUAAAUUUUAACUCAAUUUGUUACACCUUAAUUAUCAUUUGUAGAUCAAUAAAAAUACAUACAGUUUAU